UCAAUGCUGAUUAGUAACUCCAAAUGCAAGAAGCAUACAUUGAUGGGGGAAGAUGGAGCCUUGUAAAGAAGAGGAGAUCUCCAAAUUUUAACCUAUUCCAGAAGCAAGAAGAACUUGACCAAAUUAUGAUCCCUGCUUCCUCUUCCCGGUUUGCCCCUCUCCGUAUUUCUCGGAUCCGAUCUCCGGCGAGGACUCACCUGUGCUUUCGCGCUUUCUCAGCCGUCACCAUGACUGAUCCCAACGAUGCCGGAAUGGAUGCUGUUCAGAGACGACUCAUGUUUGAGGACGAAUGCAUUCUCGUUGAUGAAAAUGAUCGUGUGGUGGGCCAUGACACUAAAUAUAACUGUCAUCUGAUGGAAAAGAUUGAAGCUGAGAAUUUGCUUCAUAGGGCUUUCAGUGUGUUUUUAUUCAACUCCAAAUUUGAGUUGCUUCUCCAGCAAAGGUCAAAAACAAAGGUUACUUUCCCACUUGUGUGGACAAACACUUGUUGCAGCCAUCCUCUUUACCGUGAAUCCGAGCUUAUUGAAGAGAAUGUGCUUGGGGUAAGAAACGCUGCACAAAGAAAGCUUCUCGAUGAGCUCGGUAUUGUAGCCCAAGAUGUACCUGUCGAUGAGUUCACUGCCUUGGGACGCAUGCUUUACAAGGCACCUUCCGAUGGAAAAUGGGGCGAGCACGAACUUGAUUAUCUACUUUUCAUCGUGCGGGAUGUGAAGGUUCAACCAAACCCAGAUGAAGUGGCUGAUAUAAAGUAUGUGAGCAGGGAAGAGCUCAAGGAGCUGGUGAAGAAAGCAGAUGCAGGUGAUGAAGCUGUGAAACUAUCUCCAUGGUUUAGAUUGGUGGUGGACAAUUUCUUGAUGAAGUGGUGGGAUCAUGUUGAGAAAGGAACUCUCAUUGAAGCUGCAGACAUGAAAACCAUUCACAAGCUCUAAACUUUUUUUAUAAAAAGUUUUGGAUCUCCCUCUUCUCAUUUUUGCAUUUAUAAUUUAUUGUACCCUAUAAUUAAAGGUGAAACUCCAUUUGAUUUUGACAAAACCGGCAAGAAGAUCUCUUCCUGGGAUUUUU